ACUAAUUUUAACAUAUAUCAGUGACCAUUGUUUUGUCUCAAGAUGCACACCUGUAGUGUUUUUUUUUUGUGUGUGUGAUGUAUGUUUGUUAAAGCUUCCUAAAGGUACAGUGUGUACAUUUUAGGAGGAUCUCUUGAUAAAAAUUGCAAUAUAAUAUACAUAACUAUAUUUUCAGUGGUGUAUAAAGACCUUACACAGUUUACUUUUAUGUCUUUAUUACCUUAGAAUGAGCCGUUUCUAUCUAUAUACACCAGGGGUCCCCUUACAUGGAAAUUGCCAUUUUGCACCGCCAUGUUUCUACAGUAGCCUUAAAUGGACAAAAUGUUUUACAGAGCAUUUUUCUCUCAGACGAUGACAUGUCCUAUUGAAGCUUCUCUGUGUGUUUUGAAAGGGAGGGGUGAGCUGUGGACUGAGCCGUUGCAAAUCUCGAUCUCACCACUAGAUGUCACUAAAAUCUACACACUGCACCUUUAAAGGUCCUAAUAUAAAUACGAUAGUCCUGGAUUAAUCUAAACCCUGUCCGGGAAAACGCCCCAAAGAGUUUAUAAUAGUACCUCAGAAGUAAAUUUUGGUACCAAAGAGUGCAUAUUAGUACCUCAGAGGGACAUACUGGAACCAAAUGUACACAUAACUGUACCUAAAUGCUACAUAUUAAAGAGCACCUAUUUCAUUGCUAAAAACGUUAUUUUGUGUAGUUGGUAUAAUACAAUGUGCUUGCGUGGUUUAUGGUUAAAAACACAUUAUUUUCCACAUACUGUACAUUUUUGUAGCUUCAGAUUUCACUUUUUUCCUGAAACGUGCGGAUUUGAAAGGCGCUGUGUCCCUGAUUGGCCAGCUAAUCUGUACGUUGUGAUUGGCCUGAAUACCUCUGACGUCACCCGGAAACGUGACGCUCCUUACCAUGUUUUAAAGAUUAGAUUGCUUACUUAUGCUGAGUUUACACCAACAGCGUUUCAGGCAUCAAAAUUGCAUCUACCGCGCCUAGUUUGCCACUUGAACAGUUUGAAUGCAUUUGCAAAAGCAAGCAUUUGACGAGCGUCAGAGGCAAAAUCCGUUUCUUGUGGGAGGGGCAAGUGCUAUGCGGUUGUCUGUUGGCCGGAUGGCUGAUGUUGAUUGUGCAUUUAUCGAGAGAGUUACCGGUUUGUAUUUAGUCACCUUACUAUAGGGGUGAAAUAAACGACGCGGGUCGAUAAACGUCACGUGACUCAAAAGUGUAAUGUGUAUUACAACUUACCAGGUUGCCCAAUGUCCUCACUGACACUCUUCCAAGCGAGGUCCUUUUUAUUCCUGUUUCUAUAGAAAUAAGAACUUGUAUAGAAAUAAGAACACCGUAUAGCUCCGGGUGACUGCUACAAUAUCAAUACCGCCACAGCAGCAAGCAGGCCCCUGAUUGGUUAAAGCGGCGCGAAAAUCCGCCAAAGUUCAAAUUUUUCAACUCGGGCGUCAAACGCAAAAUGCACAAAAAGCGCCACAUGCUCAAUUCGCGCCAUUUGCGCAAACUAGACACGCGAAUGAGGCGGAAUUGCGUCUCCCGCGCCAAACGCCUCAUCCGCGCCGCGAGACCUCCAGACGAGCAUCAACGCAGUCUUCACAUUGACUUAACAUUGAAAUCACUGGCGCUUGAUGCCUCUACCACGGCUGGUGUAAACGCAGCAUAAGUCCGAAGCGGGAGAAUUUUGAUAAUGUCUGUCUUGUCUACAUCACAUAUCCCAGAGAUUAAACUGUUGCCUACAAUCCGUGUGUUUCUUGUAGUCCAAGAAAAGAGAUUUACGUUGGAGACGAUAUCUUGCGUCAUCGUUUACUAUGGGGUUUGUACCUACCUUUUGCAUAUCGUUAACAUGUACUAAUACACACUUACACCACAAAGGAAAUUUAAAAUGUGAAUCGGACAGUAUGUGCUCUUUAAGACCUUUUUAAAAGGAUUUGUCCAUUUAAGGAUUCAGAUAGAGAGUGAGGUUUCUUUUGGCACAGAAAAGCUUGACGACUAAUACUGUAAAUGCAUCCAAAUAUGAAAAUUUAAGUGUCCCAAUUUUUAAUACUUAACAGAACAGAACAGAGGUUCUGUACUGUUGAUGUGAUAAUUGCAUUUUCUUUGUAUUCUGCGGAUCUCUAUCAGUAUUUAGUGGUAGUCGGUGAGCAUCACUUAUAGUCUGAUACAGGAAAGUCGGCCUCCACAGACGGUGUUCUGGGAACUUGUGAUGAUGUAAACGCCUUUCUGUGGUUCUGAGGUAAUUAAAGGAUCAAUAAAAGAACUUCUGAGGUUCAACACAUCUUCAUCUUCACUGGUGCUUUUUUGGUUUGUAUUAAUAUCGUCCACAGGAUAUGUCUGACCUGACCGAGGGUUAAAAAGAAGUGAGGGAAUCCAGUGUAAUACACUUAAUGACCAAUAGGUGUUUUCUCUUAUGGAGACACACGAAUCAUGUGUACAGCAGUAUUAAAAAAAAUAAAGCUACAGGUUAGAUUGGAAUUACGGUAUUCAGUUUUGGCCUAAAAAUAAUCUCGGCAUUAAAAAUGAAAUCUAUAUUUUUGUAAUGUGCACAAAUGUAUUAUUAAUGUCCUAUAAUCCUGAUCUUGUAGUUGUCGGUGUGUGUGUGCUGGAGGAAUGUAACAUGUUGCUGUUGGAAAACAGCAGUGUCUGCUCCUGAACAGUUACUCAGACAUACAUCUAAACCUAGAACACAGAGAAGAGCUGCAGAAGAGCGACUACAUUUACAUUCAUAUAAAAGACAUUCAAUGGUCUAUUAUAGACUGGAUUUUUCUUUUGGUUUAGCUUUGCAAAAAUCCCCAUUUACAACAUAAAGAGGCACUAAAAGGGCCAUGAAAACAACCUGGUUGAUUGGCACUCGCAAUAUGGAUGUGUUUGUGUUUGGUUACUGCUUCUGCUUACUACAUGGACUACUAAUAUCUACAGCGGGUUUAUCUUCAGGAAAGGUUUUCAGCAAGGGAAAACAUCCUCCACAUAUUGUUUUUGUGAUGGUAGAUGACCAAGGCUAUAAUGACGUGGGGUACCAUGGCUCAGAGAUCCAUACGCCUGUGUUGGAUCAGCUGGCCGGUGAGGGGGUGAGGCUGGAAAACUACUAUGUUCAGCCCAUCUGUUCCCCAUCACGCAGCCAGCUUAUGACUGGACGGUAUCAGAUUCAUACUGGACUUCAACACUCGAUCAUUCGUGCACGUCAGCCCCUGUGCCUGCCCCUCCAUGUGCCGACCCUCCCCGAGCGGCUAUGGCAGGCUGGUUACAGCACCCACAUGGUAGGGAAAUGGCACCUGGGUUUCUGCCGACCCGAGUGCUUGCCAACCAGCCGUGGGUUUCAAAGCUUUCUUGGCUCACUGACGGGCAGCGGUGACCAUUUCAACUUCCAGAGCUGUGACGGCGCAGAGGCUUGUGGGUUCGACCUGCAUGACGGAGACCGGCCUGCCUGGGAACUGAGUGGGAAUUACUCAACGAGGCUUUAUACAGAGAGGGUGAAGCAGAUACUGAAAAGUCAUAAUCGACGGAAGCCUCUCUUUCUGUAUGUGGCCCUCCAGGCUGUGCACACACCUCUGCAGGCUCCCGCCCAUCUUCUCAGGCGCUAUCAACACCUUGGCAAUAGACCCAGGCGCCACUACGCUGCUAUGGUGAGCGCCGUAGAUGAAUCUGUGGGGGAGAUUGUCAGUGAGCUGCGGGAACAAGGCUACUAUGACAACACGGUGCUCAUCUACUCCUCAGACAACGGGGGCCAGCCUCUCUCAGGGGGCUGUAAUUGGCCCCUGCGUGGAGGCAAAGGCUCCUACUGGGAAGGUGGAGUCAGAGCAGUCGGUUUCGUGCACAGCCCACUUCUGAAAAAGAAAAGACGGGUGAGUCAGGCUUUGAUUCACGUCUCCGAUUGGUACCCAACCCUGCUGUCUCUUGCAGGGCUUCCUGAGCCUGAUUCCAGCCACUUGGAUGGCCAUGAUGUUUGGGGAGCCAUAAGUGGCGACCUGCCCGGUCCACGAACCGAAAUCCUGUUUAACAUUGACCCGGUGUCACGCAGGCAUGGAGAGUCUGACCUCAGGCUACUAACUCUCAAUGGUUUCGGGAUUUGGGAUACAGGAGUGCGGGCAGCCCUUCGAGCCGGUGACUGGAAACUUCUGACGGGUAAUGUAGGUGACGGGGACUGGUUCACUCCACAAACAAUGCCAGGAGGUCCUCACGAGUGGCAGGGUAUGGAAAAGAGACGAGACCUGCGGGGGAAGUCCGUCUGGCUUUUUAACAUCACAGCUGAUCCUUACGAGAGGGCCGAUUUGGCUGAAGUGCGGCCUGAGGUGGUCAAGAUGCUGCUGACCAGACUUGUCGAGUACAACCAGACUGCUGUGCCACCGCGCAAUCCCCCCGACGAUCCGAUGGCUGACCCGCAACUUCACGGAGGGGUGUGGACUCCCUGGCUUGGUGACGAAGAUCCAGGAGAUCAUGGGGAUGAUGAGGAUUCGGAUGGUGUCAGCAGAAAGGGCAGACACAGGAGUUCCUGCAGAAUGUGUAAACUUAGAGCUCUGUUCAAAAAGGUCCGUAGCCGUAUGCAAAGGGCUGCUUUAUUUUUGUAGUUGCAAAAUGCUGGUUCAUACUACUGUUAGACCUGACUAUCUAGUAGUUUGGAUGUGACCACAUCGCCUUAGGGCAGCAUUUGGGUGAAAUCCAGACUUAAAAGGUGUCCAUCAUCAGAUUUUUUUAAAAAGCCAUGGAAGUCAAAUUUUUUUGCACACAUAA